GUCCGCAUCCACUGCAACAUCACGGAGGCUUAUCCAGCUGUUCCCCCGAUAUGGUCUGUGGAGUCGGAUGAUCCGAACCUGGCCGCUAUCCUGGAGAGGCUGGUGGAAGUCAGGAAAGGAAAUACGCUGCUCUUGCAGCACCUGAAGCGAAUAAUCUCUGACCUGUGCAAACUCUACAACCUCCCCCAACAUCCAGAUGUUGAAAUGUUGGACCAGCCUCUGCCGGCAGAACCGAGCACACAGGAAGAGGUGUCCUCUGAAGAGGAAGAUGAAGAAAUGCCAGAGGACACCGAGGACUUGGACCACUAUGAAAUGAAAGAGGAAGAGCCAGCAGACGGGAAGAAGACAGAGGAUGAAGGCAUUGGGAAGGAAAACCUGGCCAUUUUAGAGAAAAUAAAAAAGAACCAGAGGCAAGAUUACUUAAAUGGUGCAGUGUCUGGGUCUGUGCAGGCCACCGACCGGCUAAUGAAGGAGCUCAGGGAUAUUUACCGAUCACCAAGUUUCAAGGGCGGAUACUAUGCAGUUGAACUCGUGAACGACAGCCUGUACGAUUGGAACGUCAAACUCCUGAAGGUUGACGAGGAUAGCGCUUUGCACAAUGAUCUCCAGAUCCUCAAAGAGAAAGAAGGAACAGAUUUCAUCCUCCUAAACUUCUCCUUUAAAGAUAACUUUCCUUUUGAUCCACCGUUCGUAAGGGUCGUGUCCCCGGUGCUGUCAGGGGGGUAUGUUCUGGGUGGCGGUGCCAUCUGCAUGGAGCUACUUACAAAGCAGGGCUGGAGCAGCGCGUACUCCAUCGAGUCGGUGAUCAUGCAGAUCAGCGCGACUCUGGUGAAAGGGAAAGCACGAGUACAAUUUGGAGCCAAUAAGAAUCAGUACAGCCUGACAAGGGCACAGCAGUCCUACAAGUCCCUGGUUCAGAUCCACGAGAAAAAUGGCUGGUACACGCCGCCCAAGGAGGACGGCUAGCACGGAUGCUGCGGGACCAACCUGAUUAUCUUCUGGAUGUUCUACUUGGAUCUUAACGACGCCUCUUGGCUUUCUCCCAGGAUGUAAUAGCUCUGCCUGUUGCAGGACAAUAACGGCUGUUUAAAAACUCUAAAUAAAACUGUUUAAGCAGUUGGACUGACCUGAAACACUUGCUGGACCCUUGCUAGCAGGCAUUCUUGUUAAAACAAACUUUUGAGCCUCUUGUAUCGCUGGAAACUUUCGACUCUACUCCAGUCUAGAGCGUCCUCCUUACCUAUGCUAUGGAUUUAAUUUAUUUUCUUAUUUCAUGUACACUGCUUUUUUUUGUUACAGUGUAUGAUGGAUGUGUAUGGAAAAUGUAUCUUUGGAGAAAAAUUACAGUUUGUUAAUUUGAA